GUUCUACCUAAGCUUUAUUUACAACACAUAUUAAAAUCUCUUGACAUAAAUCCUUAAGUAAAUUUAAGGCAUAACACAACAGAAUUGACAUUGUCACUUCACCGUCUAAAUCUCAUUUGGCUUAACAGAUACUAAAAUAAAGUAGGGCAUACGAAUACAUACAUACUCUCGUAUUUAGUAAUCUGUUGUGCAGCGUGCUAUGCACAUAACUCAAAGUGGUGGACAUUUACGGCGAUCAGUCGGUUGCCAAGAUACGCCAUCGCGACAUUGGCCAUGAAGCAUUAAACACAAAUCAGCCGUCCGCGUCAGCCCUGUGGAAUUAUUUUACAUACGCUUGAAACUUGAUUGAUAUCAGCACCGUCGUUCUACAUAUGUUUCGAACACUAUUUAUACCAUCUCCAAGCGUAUUUCGUACAUGUCGGGUUCAAGUCUCUAGCCUUGGCACAGUCGUAGGUAUAACCUCCUCCGCCACAGCUAACGUGCAUAUAUCAGCCCCAUGCACACCCGUUUUAAACAUGACAGAGCCUUCAGCAAAGCGCCGCCGUUUAAGUCAUACAGAAAAGGAUGACACUAUGAAAAGGUCCAAUGAGAUACCAACAUCACUCUCACACCCAAUUAGUCCUCCGAGGAAAAGGAGAACUUGCGAGCGUAAACUCGUGAAGUCCCCAUUUCAGCUUACCACUAUUAGGGACCUUCCAGCAGAGUCAAAUAUCGGGGCUGUCUCUCUCCAUGAUCUUCUUGGUGAUCCACUGAUAGCCGAAUGCUGGGAGUUCAACUACUUGCACGAUGUGGACUUUCUUAUGAGCCAUUUUGAUGAGGAUACAAGGUCGCUCGUUAAAGUUCAUAUUGUGCACGGGUUCUGGAAGAGAGAUGAUAUGAAUAGGUUGUCGCUUGAGAAACAGGCUUCCCAAUACAAAAAUGUCACUCUUCAUACAGCAUACAUGCCAGAGAUGUUCGGCACUCACCAUUCGAAAAUGCUUGUGUUAUUUAGACAUGACGACACAGCACAGGUAAUUAUACAUACGGCCAACAUGAUUUCACAGGACUGGACGAAUUUGACCAAUGGCGUUUGGCAAACUCCACGGCUCCCUCGCCUAACAGAAUCGUAUAAGUCUUCCGAGACAGAUAUGCGUAUUGGCUACGGGCCGAGAUUUAAAACCGACUUACUGAAUUACUUACGGGCCUACAAUACUAAAAGACAGACAUGCAAGUCUUUGGUUGAUGAACUGGAGAAAUAUGACUUCGGUGCCGUAAGGGGAGCGCUAGUCGCCAGCGUACCCGGAAGGCAUGAUAUAAAUGAGGAUGAUCCCAGGAAGACACACUGGGGAUGGGCAGGUGUUAAACACGCCCUCAGCCCUGUCCCUAUUCAGUCGGGGAAAUCAGAUAUCGUGGUACAAAUAUCAUCUAUUGCAACCCUAGGUGCAACAGACACCUGGCUAAAACAUACCUUAUUUGGCCCAUUAUCAUCUACGAAGACAAGUUCUUCGAAGCCUGAAUUCAAGAUAAUAUUUCCUUGCCCUGAUGAGAUAAGACGCUCCUUAGACGGCUACGCUUCUGGCGCUUCUAUACAUAUGAAGAUACAAUCAGCAACUCAGACGAAGCAACUUCAAUACAUGAAACCUAUACUUUACCACUGGGCUAAUGAUUGCGAGAAGGGGAUAAUCGAAGAGGGCGAGAUUCGAGACGGGGGACGCAAACGUGCCGCGCCACAUAUAAAGACUUACAUACGGUACAACGAGAACAAGACUAUCGAUUGGGCCUUGCUCACAUCUGCCAACAUAUCGAAGCAGGCCUGGGGUGAAGCCGCAAAGACCGGACAGAUACGAAUUGCCUCGUGGGAGAUGGGUGUCCUGGUGUGGCCUGAAUUAUUCGCGGACGGGGCUAGGAUGGUUGGUACCUUUAAGACGGAUACACCUACAAAAGAAGAUCUCGACGGGAACGAGCCCCUGGUUGGCCUAAGAAUACCGUAUAGCCUGCCUCUACAACGAUACGGAGACGAUGAAGUUCCAUGGGUAGCUACGGCAAGCUAUACGGAACCUGAUUGGAUGGGUCGCUUUUGGAGGGACUAAACGUAAAAAUCAUUAAUAUAAGACGACAUGUAAUACAACUAUCGUAUUAAAGUCGAUUUGAGGAUGUAUGACUUGGUGAAUAACUUCUGGUUAUACUAAACCGGCAACUCGAGUAUACGACAAAUCUACUCGUCAUCAAUCAUUUCUCUCAAUUAUC